AUGGCUCCUGAUUUGAACUCAGUACCGCUCUCCCCACGAACUCAAUUCGCAACACCUCCCUCUGGAUUGUCUCAAUCGCCUCCUACCCAAUAUGCCCGUCCAUCUGGGAAGAAGCCGAAUAUCUUGUAUAUUAUGGCAGAUCAACUCGCGGCGCCACUUUUAAAGAUGCACAAUCCUUCGUCGGUAAUCAAGACGCCAAACCUCGAUGCUCUAGCCAAAGAUGCCGUCCUUUUUGAUUCAGCAUAUUGCCCUUCACCUUUAUGUGCGCCUUCCCGAAUGUCCAUGGUGUCAGGCCAGCUUCCUACCAAGAUUGGCUCCUACGACAAUGCCUCUUCGAUCGAUCCAAGCAUUCCAACAUAUGCUCACUAUCUACGAGCCGCUGGAUAUGAAACUACACUGGCAGGAAAGAUGCACUUUAUUGGAGAGCAGUUGCAUGGAUACGAGAGCAGAUUGACAAGCGACAUAUAUCCAGGUGACUAUGGAUGGUCAGUGAAUUGGGAGGAACCGGAUCGCAGAUUGGAAUGGUAUCACAAUGCAAGUUCGAUUCUUCAAGCAGGACCUUGUGUUCGAAGCAAUCAACUUGAUUACGACGAGGAGGUCAUGUACAAAUCCAAGCAAUUCCUGUACGACCACGUCCGCAAAGGCGCCAACACUCGUCCCUUCUGCAUGACUGUCUCUCUUACUCACCCACACGACCCAUACACAAUUGAGAAAAAGUACUGGGAUAUGUAUGAGGAUGUUGAUAUUCCACUACCAGAUGUCAACAUUCCUCAAGAGGAGCUAGACUCCCACAGUCAACGUCUUCUUCGGGUCUGUGAUCUCUGGGGCAAGAAAUUUACUCAUGACGAGAUCAAGAGAGCCAGACGUGCAUACUUCGGUGCUGUUUCUUAUGUCGAUGAUUGCAUUGGCAAGUUGAUUCAAACUCUCAAAGAUUGUCGACUUGACCAAGACACCAUCAUUGUCUUUAGCGGAGAUCACGGAGAUAUGUUAGGCGAGCGAGGAUUGUGGUACAAGAUGUCUUACUUUGAGGCUUCUGUUCGUGUUCCACUCCUUGUUCAUCACCCUGCAACCUUCAAGCCACAUCGUGUAUCCUCCAACGUCUCUACUCUUGACAUCUUACCAACCCUCGUUGACAUUGUCAAGUCGAAAUUGUGGGACGGCUUACCAAUGGAUGGCAAUUCCUUAUUACCACAUCUUGAAGAAAGAUCCGGUGGUUCCGAUACCGUCUUUGCUGAAUAUUGCGGUGAAGGCACCAUCGCUCCAAUGAUGAUGAUCCGCCGUGGUGAUUGGAAAUACAUCACGUGUCCAGCUGAUCCUGAUCAAUUAUACAAUCUUGCUACCGAUCCAAAAGAAAUCGUCAAUCUAGCAUCUCUUCCAUCCAAGCACCCACUGAUAACUGCGGAAGUGUCCCAGAUCUUAUCCGACUUUGUCGCCGAAGCCAAGGCGAAAUGGGAUAUGGAAAAGAUAACCUCCGAUGUACUCAUCUCUCAAAAGCAACGUCGAUUGGUGUGGUCCGCAUUGAAACAAGGUGCAUUUACCAGUUGGGAUCAUAACCCGAACGACGACGGUCGGGAAAAGUAUAUUCGUUCUCACAUGCAUCUCGAUGAUUUGGAGCUACGAGCAAGAUAUCCUGCAGUCGAUGCAAAGGGUCGAGAGAUGUAUGCGGGAUUGGGUGGAAUGGGAGCCGGUGGCAUGGGAGGCGUCAUUACUGGUCAAGCUGGAGCCUAUGGACAGUGA